GGUUUUUACUUCGACAGUUCCGAUUAGUCCUCGGUCGCGAAAGCCUUCAGUAACAAAAAAUAAGAGCUUAAAAAUCUCUACUCGCGAGCACCGUCAAAUAGUGUGUCCAUUGCCAGCAUCAUUAACUGUGAAUCAUGUUCCGAACGAUAAUCGCUCGAAAUGAACCGAUACUUCAAAAUUCGAUUCGUCGUGUUAACAAAUUAAAUACAAUUCGCUGUUUGUCAACUCAAUGUUUGCGUAAGAUUCAAACCGGAAGAAAUGCACAAAUCACGACUUUUCGUGCACAACCGGCCGUGUGGCGGGUCGGAUUCUUCCGUGGAUAUGCUGAUUUACCGGAUCACACGAAAGUUCUUCUUCCAGCACUGAGUCCAACUAUGGAACUUGGUACUAUUGUUAGUUGGGAGAAGAAAGAAGGCGACAAAUUAAAUGAAGGUGAUUUGUUGGCUGAAAUCGAGACAGACAAAGCGACGAUGGGAUUUGAAACACCAGAAGAAGGAUAUUUGGCGAAAAUUCUGUAUUCUGCUGGAUCCAAGGAUAUUCCUGUUGGCAAGCUCGUGUGCAUUAUUGUCGAGAAUGAAGACGAUGUCGCAGCUUUCAAAGACUUCAAAGAUGAUGGGUCAGCAGCAUCACCUCCUAAGGCAGCUGCACCCACACCUGCUCCACCAACGCCAGCUGCUGCACCUCCAUCUCCUCCACCACCGCCCCCAUCAUCUCGCCCCCUUGGAGCUCAAACUGCCAGUGAACAAAAGUUCGGUGAUCGUGUUUUGGCGAGUCCAAUGGCCAAACGAUUAGCUGAACAACAGAAGCUGCGUUUGGAAGGACGCGGUAGUGGACUUUAUGGUUCAUUAACAUCGAAAGAUCUGGAAGGUAUGGAGUCAGCUGGUGCAUCAGCUAUUCAAGCACCUGUCAUUCCACCAGGAGCAGCUUACAUUGACAUUCCUGUUUCGAAUGUCCGUGGUGUCAUUGCUAAACGGUUAUUGGAGUCAAAGAACACGAUUCCACAUUAUUAUCUCACAGUUGAUUGCAACGUUGAUAAGAUUCUUGAACUUAGAGCACGUUUCAACAAAUCAUUAGAAAAAUCGGGAUCAAAACUAUCAGUUAAUGAUUUUAUCAUUAAAGCAGCUGCAACAGCAUGUAAGAAAGUUCCAGAAGUCAACUCAGCAUGGUUGGGCAAUGUUAUCAGACAAUUCGAUGCCGUUGAUGUUUCUGUUGCUGUUUCAACUGAAAAUGGACUGAUCACACCAAUCGUUUUCAGUGCUGACCGUAAAGGAAUCGAAGAUAUUUCAAAGGAUGUCAAAUCACUUGCUGCUAAAGCGCGUGAUGGUAAAUUGCAACCACAAGAGUUCCAGGGUGGAACAUUUACCGUGUCUAAUCUUGGAAUGUUUGAUGUCACUCACUUCUGUGCUAUCAUUAAUCCACCACAGUCAUGCAUUCUCGCUGUUGGCGGUGCACAAAAGCGACUUGUCAUUGAUGAAACUGCCGAGAAAGGCUUCAAAGAAAGUACUUUCAUCUCGGUGACGGUCAGUGCUGAUCAUAGAACUGUUGAUGGUGCAGUUGGUGCACGCUGGCUUCAAUAUUUCCGCAAAUAUAUGGAAGAUCCUGCCACGAUGCUGUUAUAAACUACGACAACAAAGAAAGUAACACAAAUGUUAAGUUAAUUAAGCUUUCAUUCAAAAGAAAAAGAUGGGAGGAAGAAAAAAAGAAAAUCUGCUUAAAUAUCGCGAAAGUUUUUAGAGAAUUUACUUCAACAAUCACGUUAAGCAUGUUGUUUGUUGUUCACAACGUACUCACUACAGAAUCUAAACUCCAUCUGAUGGAAAUAACAAAACAAAGACGGGAACGAAUUAAAAGAUCCAUUUUUGAUUAAUUACCCCAUGGAUUAAUUGUCUUCAUAAAGGAUAUGUGUUAAUUAAAUUUUAUUAAAUAAAUUAUUUCAAUUCGUUUAAAGAAAAAGAAAUUUUUUGUUAUUUGAUUUGAGAAUUGAAAAUCCCGCAAACGUUUUGUUGAUAAAUUGUACAGAGAUGACAAAGAUAUGCAGUUAGAUUGUAGAAAACAUAAAGAAGCAAAACAAAAGCAUUGAUGGCAAAAUGAAAUGUUAAGAUUAAUUACUGUGAAAUCUCUAUGAAUAAAUUAAAAGAAAAGACUAGUGAAAAAAGAAUAAAAUAUUUGAGAAAAAUCGAA